GUAAAGGCCUGGAGUAUCCUGCAGUGGUAGAGUUUGCCCCGUUCCAGAAGAUAGUCAAGAAGAAGCUGAAGAAGAGAGAUGCCAAGACAGGGAGCAUUGAAGAUGAUCCAGAGUAUAAGCAGUUUUUAGAAACUUACAGCAUGGAAGAAGAAAGACCCAGUGCCAAUCCUGAAACCCUUCUGGUAGAGAUAGAAGCAAAGACAAGAGAACUUGUUGCUAGAAGAACCACACCUCUUUUGGACUAUAUUAAAAACAGAAAAUUAGAAAAGCAGAGAAUACGAGAGGAGAAGCGAGAAGAACGAAGGAGGAGGGAGUUAGAAAAGAAACGCUUGCGGGAGGAAGAAAAAAGAAAAAGACGAGAAGAAGAAAGAUGCAGGAGGAAAGAGGCAGAUAAACAAAAGACAGCUGUUGAGACAGAAAUGAGGAUUAAGCUUCUUAAGAAACCAGAGAAGGAAGAGGAACCAAACACAGAAAAACAAAAAGAAAGAGGCAAGGAAGUCAGCAUUGGAGAUGGAAAACAGGAAACUUGUGCACCCUGCACCUCCAUGAGAGCCAGGCCUUCAGAGAGCCCAACAGGGGCACACAGGGAGAAGUCACAGGAUGACAAUGACAAAGAGCAGAAGGACAUCGAGAGAAGAAUACAAGUACCUGAAAUACCAGAAUGCCACUCAGAUGAUGGCAGAAAGCACAGUGGUCACUCUGAGUUGGACAGGUUUCCUAGAAGAAAUGAAGAUGAGCUGAGAUGGGGGAGAGUAUUAACCCAAGGCAGAGGGAAGAAGGGGAACCAGGAGAGGAGCAUCACUCUGGAGACAGCAGAGCCUGACCAGGGAGCAGCAGGAGGCCCACAGCCUGGCACCUGGAAGGGAGCACCUAAGAAAUAGGGCCCUGCAAUCUACUUGUCUGCACCCUGAGUGGGUAUUGCUUCUGUAGGCUCACCUCCACUGUUUCCAAACACAGGUUCUUAUUAAAUCAAACAGGAAUCUACUUAGGUGUGUGGAGAUCCAGCAUUGUGCCCUGAUUGUGUGAGGUGCCAACCCAUGUUGCCUCUUGACAGUCUCAGGGCCACUCCGAUGGCCAUUGUUUCUUGGGACAUUCUCACUCAUGCAAUACCCCAGAUCCUGGAGGUGGCCCUGGGGUGAGCCUGCCAUGACCUGCUCUUAGAGAAACAAGUUGUUUUUCACCAAGAAUUUUAGUUAGUAUAAAGCUAGAAUUUUAUAGUUUACUUUUGAAUGAGAUUAUAUCUACCCUUAAAUUAGUAAGGAAAAUACAACAUCCUGUGGAUCCUUCUACUUUAUUGACCAUGAGCACUCAAAGCCUGUUCUACUCAGGAAGGAACACAGUGCGGGGUUCCCACUGAGCCAGACCAAUAGAUUUUCUUUCUAAAGUUUGAAGUUUAUUUUUGGUCACAUUUUCCCCCAGAAGCAUUAUGGAUGGUGCCUUCAUACUCCUGGGGCCGGGUUCCACCCUGGGAGCUGUGUCUGUCUUCUGCAUGAUUGUGGCAUCUUCAGAAUGCAAUAUAAAUGAGAACACAGUGUGACCUCUUUAACCAACUUUGCUCACUCGUUGACUUCCUUCAGACCUGUCCUGGUUGUUAUGCAUGGAUGAUGUUCACUGUUAACCUGUCCAGGAAAGGCCACGCUGAGAUUAGAGGAGAGCCUUCUGGCCUUCAUCCAUGACCUAGUCUCUUCAUUAACUUUAGGGAACAUCCAUGUUCACAUGACCAUGUCUCUUUCACUGCCUUCGUGUUUGAACAGCAGUGAGUGGUUUGGGUGCCUGCAGACCUCUAAGUAGGGCGCACAAGGACUCCUGCAUGACUGGACUUAGCAUGUAGCAGCAGGGCAUUGUAGUAUAACUGCUUCCAUGAGGCCUGGCAGGGGGUGCUUUCAGGAUCAGACUUUUGUAUAUGGAUAACAUCCUGGGGGUGCAGGGAGCUGUGCAUAUGUCUUUAGGGGACUGCUGAGCCCCUGAUGGUAACUUACUGGGGAUCCAUACACUGCCUAAGAAUACUUGAGAGAAAGACAGCAGUGGGACCUGGCCAUGGGGUUCUUACUAGAAUGUACUUGGACUCGCAUGGUGGCUGGAGAGAAUCAUGAAGGGAGCUUGAAUUGGGCUCCUGUGCUAGGUAAAGCUGUCUGGCCUAGUGCAGAAAAGAGUUGUCCUCACUAUUAGCAAUGGAGCUUUCAGAAUCACUGCUUCUCUGGUUCUUGUCCUUGUGCCAUAAAUCAGAUACUUUGUAUGUCCUUAUUCAAUCGUUUUUAUUUCUCUAUCUAGUAAAAUGAAAAAAAUAAAAUGCAGGUUAGUAUUGUCCAAAGGGGACACACAGCUCCCCAUUGUCAUGUGCUUAGAGGACCCCACAGGGACCACAGUCUGGUUGUUCAAGUCUCUUACAAAGUAUUUGCACAGAACCUAUACAUGUCUUCCCAGUUACAUUAAAUCACGUGUGGAUUACUAAUACGUUGAAAAA